UGGGUUCCACAUUACGCUUCGUAGGAAGAGAUCAGCCCACUACGCGACUCUCAAGUUCCAGGUGUAACGCUCUGAUUCAGUUUAAAAAGGAAAAGAUCUUGGGAUUAUUUAGUAUUUUUCGGUGGUGGGAGCUGAAGUUCGAGCGAAAAGAAAUCAGGAAUCCGUACACGCAUACAGAGAGAGGAGAGAUUGAAGAUGCCUCUCUGAUCAAUCGAUGCCCACCAUAUUCCCUCCUUUCUUCUGUUCCUCUUCAACCAAUAGAGCUCUGGAUCCCCCUCCCCUCUCUUUUCCUCCGAUUCCUUUACCUUUUCCUUGUUAUUGUUCUCCGAGGCGGUUCUUGGCGGCCGCGACACCCUCACGAGUCUCCCCGCCUCUUCCAAUCCCAGAUCCCCUCUCCCUCCUAGAUCCAUAGAUCAUAGUAAAUAGAUUCCGGUUAGAAGAAGAAAGAAAUCGGGAGUUAGAGAUGAAGAGAGAGCAUCAAGAGAGCGUCGCCGCUGGAGGGGGAUAUCCGGCGGCGGCGGGGAUGAUGUCCGGCGGGAAGGGCAAGAUGAUGGGGAUGGAGGAGGAGGACGGGGGAGUGGACGAGCUUUUGGCGGCGCUCGGUUACAAGGUCCGGGCGUCGGACAUGGCCGACGUCGCCCAGAAGCUCGAGCAGCUGGAGAUGGCCAUGACCAGCAGCGCCGCCCAGGACGACGCCUUCCUAUCCCACCUCGCCUCCGACACCGUCCACUAUAAUCCCUCCGACCUCUCCACCUGGCUCGAGAGCAUGCUGUCCGAGCUCAACGCCCCGCCUCCCCCGCUCCCCUCCGCCCCGAUUCCCAACAACCGGAGCAACCAGUUCGAGCUGCCGCCGGCCCCCGCCUCCGCCGUCCGAGCCCCAAUACUUGAUCCGGGUGAGUGCUCCACCAUCACCACCGUCGACUUUCCCACCCCCGGCCGCCAGUCAGAGUACGACCUCAAGCCCAUCCCCGCCGCCCCCGGUCGCGUCGUGUACGGAUCGGAGCCACUGGCGGAGGAGAACGCAAGGGAUAGGAAGCGGAUGAGGACUUCCUCCUCUUCCUCCUCUUCGUCUCGAGGCGGAGGGAUUGGAGUUGGCGUUGGAGGGAUGGGUUCGGCGAUGCCGGCGGCCACGGAAGCGUCGUCGGUGGCAGCGGGGGCUGCCACGGGGGCGCUGCCGGUGGUGGUGGUCGACUCGCAGGAGGCCGGGAUCCGGCUAGUGCACACGCUGAUGGCCUGUGCUGAGGCGGUGCAGCAGGACAACCUUAAGGCGGCGGACGUGCUGGUGAAGCAGAUCUCGAUGCUCGCCGCCUCACAGGGCGGCGCGAUGCGGAAGGUCGCCGGCUACUUCGCUGAGGCUCUGGCCCGCCGGAUCUAUCGAGUCCACCCCCACCAGGACUGCUCCCUCGACGCCGCCUUCUCCGAUAUUCUUGAGAUGCACUUCUACGAGAGCUGCCCCUACCUCAAGUUCGCCCACUUCACCGCCAACCAGGCCAUCCUCGAGGCCUUCGCCGGCUGCCGCCGCGUCCACGUCAUCGACUUCAGCAUGAAGCAAGGGAUGCAGUGGCCGGCACUGAUGCAAGCCCUUGCCCUCCGCCCCGGUGGCCCGCCGUCGCUCCGGCUCACAGGCAUCGGCCCUCCCCAGACCGACAACACCGACGCCCUCCAGCAGGUGGGCUGGAAGCUCGCCCAGCUCGCGGACACCAUCCAUGUCGAUUUCCAGUACCGCGGCUACGUCGCCAACAGCCUCGCCGACCUCGAAGCCUGCAUGUUCGAGGCGGACGCCAGCGGCAACGGCAACGGUGGCGCAGACGAGGAGCCGGAAGUGGUGGCGGUGAACUCAGUGUUCGAGCUCCACCGGCUUCUCGCUCGGCCGGGGGCACUGGAAAAGGUCCUGGGCACGGUCCGGGCGGUCCGGCCGAGGAUCGUUACGAUGGUCGAGCAGGAGGCGAACCACAACGCUGGCUCGUUCCUGGAGCGGUUCACGGAGGCGCUGCACUACUACUCGACCAUGUUCGACUCUUUGGAGGGCGGUGGCACCGCCGCAGCAGCGGCAGCGGAGGCGGCCGUCGGCGCCAGCAUGGGACAGCAAGAUCUGGUGAUGUCGGAGGUUUAUCUCGGCCGACAGAUCUGCAACGUAGUGCCCUGCGAGGGCACUGAGCGGACGGAGCGGCACGAGACGCUGGGCCAGUGGCGUGGGCGGAUGACCCGGGCCGGGUUCGAGCCGGUCCACCUUGGCUCCAAUGCGUUCAAGCAAGCCAGCAUGCUCCUCGCCCUCUUCGCCGGUGGCGAUGGGUAUCGCGUCGAAGAAAAAGAGGGAUGCCUCACUCUCGGGUGGCACACGCGCCCGCUGAUCGCCACCUCUGCCUGGCGCGUCGCCGCGGCCGGCGCCGCCCUCCCCGCCGCCUCCGCCGCCCGCUGACUUACCGACCGUCUCGAUCGGAAGGCAGCAAGCUCAGCCGUCUGAUGAUGCUGUUUCUCUUUCUCUAUCCCUCUGUUUUCCGCUGACCCCAGGUGGGUCCACCGGUCCAGGGUGAUUGAUGAUGCUGCAGUACUCUGAAUCACUGGAUCAGCCCCGGCUCGGGGCUCGCCCCGGACCCCUCCCCUUAUCUCUCACCUCUCCAUCUCUUUCUCUUUUUUUUUUAAGUUAAUUUUGUUGUUGUCAUCCUCUUGGGAAUAUUAUCAUGUGUAUCUAUGUACCUUCUACCUUAUUUUCUAAAUAAAAUAAGAAGAGGUGUUUUUUAUGUAAGAAAAA